AUGCCCUCCUGCAGGAUCACAAACUGUACCUCCCACCCACUCAACAUCAGCCUCAAACAGGUCACCGCGCUCCACUUUGAGAAUGGCACGGGGCGCGCAGCUGACAGUAGCUUUCAGCCUGGAAAAGUGUGGUUCACCGUGGAGGCUGUGUUAGACGAUGAAACCAAGAAAAGCAGAUACUCUGUGCUCAAAUCUGCUGCAACGAUCGCCAUCAUCUCAAUCGCUGUCGGGGCUGUGGCGGCUACAGCAGGGGCUGCUCUGCUACCAGAAGUCGCAGCUCUAGAGACGGUGGCUGCAGCAGGUGUUGUCGGGAGCUAUAUCGCAAAAGGGGUGACGGCCACGAAGACUGCUCUGGUAGCCAAUUCUGGUACAGUGGCGAAGAUAUCUUCGAGUGCGCUGCCAAAGGCCAUCGAUAAGCUGUCUGGGGAAGUCGGCGGACUGACAGCAUUGCAACGAGAAGUCAUGUCUAUCGUUGCAUCCCCCACUCUCUCUUCGGAUGUCCGCCACAAAUCCACUGCGCUUCUCCGAAAAUUGCACAAAUCCUACUCUGACGACAAGGACAAGAGUGCUGCUGGCUCUUCCGAGAGGCGGGACCCUGCUAAACCCUCAGCUACCCUGGCACCCAUCACAGACGAGGAAGCAAAGCAGCUAGAAAAGGAGGUCGAGGAGGGUAAGCUUGACGAUAAGGUUGAGAACACACCUGUGAGGACGGGUGAAGUGCUGAGGGCGCAUGGGAUCUACAUGAAGGAGAGGAGGUACUUUGAGAUCAGGGUGGCGGAGCAGGGCAAGUUGUCGCUGUAUGACGUGGCUGAAAAAAAGUACAUCACAUGA